UAUCCCAUUCAUCUAAGAUUAUUGGAUUUAUCCAUUUAUUUAGAAACAAACUCAUCGCAUCGUAUCGUAUAUAGCAUCUGGCUGGCUCCACUCGUGGCAUGAAGCGUCUAUUAGUAGAGUUCUCUCUCUCCCUCAGUCUCAGCUCUCUGCUGUAUUUGCCUAUGCUGACACGUUAAAUCACCAAAGCUGGAAUUCUUCCAGAAUAUAUGCAAAACUGAAUUCGUUUCUCGAGUUAAUAUUCGUUUGUUGAUGCUCAUCUAAUUCAACCUACUUCCAUUUCCGGCGCCACCAACUGUUGCACGUCAGAAGCCUAAGGCGUAGGAAAUUUCCUGAUACCAAACAACACUUCUGUGUUCUGGUAUAUGUUGGCGUCCAAUAACUAAAUUUGGUGUGGAGUUGGGAGAAGUACAAUGUCUGAUUAGCUUCUUCUUUUUUGUGAAAAAAACGGAUGACGCAAUGAUAAGGUUUGAUGUAGCGAAAUUUCCGCAAGCGACUGGUUUGAAAGUAGGAAUCGGAGCUUGAUCAUGUUUAUUUUCAUUGUGUCUUUGAUGUGACGUGAAACUGAAAAUGGACGGCCUGAAAUCAUCAGCAAUCAAUCUGGAUAGUAUUCUGAUUAAACUUAUUACUUUAAUUAGCUUUUUGUUUUCUAGUUCAUUAUAAGAUUGGUUUUUAGCCUUUUGUUUUCUAGUUCAUUAUAAGAUUGGUUUCCGAUCAGCUCUUCCACCAUACAGCGGCGGAGCUUCUUCUUCUUCAAAAGAGGGGGUUUUGGUGUGGGACAUCUGAUUAUGCUCGUCAAAGAAAUCAUUUUAGAUUUGGAUCUGAAGUCUUGAGGAGUAAUUGUUUGAGGUAUUGAGAAAAUUCUAGAGCUGGUUGUUUGUGGUUGCAGUUUUAGUCACCCUUUGGUAGAAGUCAUCAUGGCUUGUCAAACUCAGUAAAACACAAACACUGUUCAACGAUUGCAUUUGCUCGUGUGAUAGAGAUGGUUGAAUUCGGGAAAAAGUUGAAGGAAAGACAAAUUCAAGAAUGGCAAGAGUUCUACAUCAACUACAAACUAAUGAAGAAAAAAGUUAAGCAGUACACUAAUCAAAUUGAAACUGGAGCAUUGGAACAGCGAACUGCUCUCAAGGAUUUCUCAAGAAUGCUGGAUACUCAGAUUGAAAGAACUGUUCUAUUUAUGUUAGAACAACAAGGCCUUCUAGCGUGCAGGAUUUCCCAGCUUAACAAGGAACAAGAUUUCCUUCACCACCAGCCUGACAUAUCCAAAAUAUCUGAUCUACGUGAAGCCUACAGAGCAGUGGGGCGAGAUCUCUUGAAGCUUCUCUUUUUUGUUGAAAUGAAUGCCAUUGGUCUGCGGAAGAUCCUCAAGAAGUUUGAUAAGCGACUGCGAUACAAGUUCACUGAUUACUAUGUGAAAACUCGUGCUAACCAUCCUUAUUCACAACUCCAGCAAGUCUUCAAGCAUGUGGGACUUGGAGCUGUUGUUGGAGCUAUUUCUCGAAAUCUUGGAGAUCUUCAAGACCACCAAGGAAGCUACUUAUCUAUAUAUGAUCAGCCUUCCCUUCCACUCCAGGAUCCUGUUGUCGAUGCCCUAAAAGCAGCUGCUGACAGAUUAACGCACUCAACUCAUUUUCUCAACUUUCUGGCACAACAUGCAUUUAUCAUGCAUGAAGAGUUGCCUUCUGCUGCUGAGGAACCUUCCGGUGAAGAAAGAUACCAUUUCAUGUCACUUCUUCUGAACUUGGCAAGCACAUUUCUCUACAUGGUUAAUACAUACAUUAUUGUACCGACAGCUGAUGAUUACUCUAUGAGCCUUGGAGCAGCACCGACAGUCUGUGGUAUUAUAAUUGGAGCAAUGGCGAUCGCGCAGAUAUUUUCUUCUGUGUAUUUGAGUGCUUGGUCUAACAAGUCAUACUUUGGGCCUCUAGUAUUUAGCAGUUUAGUUCUUUGUGCGGGAAAUGUUAUGUAUGCAAUGGCUUACGAUGCCAAUUCAAUAGCAGUACUUCUGAUUGGAAGACUACUCUGUGGGUUGGGUUCUGCGAGAGCAGUUAACCGGCGUUACAUUAGCGACUGCGUGCCACUUAAAUAUCGCAUGCAGGCCUCAGCAGGCUUUGUCAGUGCUAGUGCUCUGGGAAUGGCAUGUGGCCCUGCAUUAGCCGGGUUACUUCAAACCAAUUUCAAGAUAUAUAAAAUCACUUUUAAUGAAGAGACUUUGCCUGGUUGGGCAAUGGCUCUGCUUUGGUUAUUGUAUCUAGUGUUGCUGUGGAUCACAUUUAGAGAACCUGCUCGUGAGACUGAAGUCGAUCAUGUCCCACAGGAACCCAACACCGACGAACAAGUCAACCUUGAGAACGGUCCUGCACAACCAUUACUUCUGAAGUCAAAUGAGACUGAAGAAGAUGAAGAGGGGGAUGAAGAAUAUGAUAUGAGUGAGGAGGCUUCAGAGGAAUCUCGUCGACCAGCCAACUCACUAGCAUCAGCUUACAGGCUGCUUACACCUUCUGUAAAGGUUCAAUUGCUAAUUUACUUUAUGCUUAAAUAUGCUAUGGAGAUCCUACUUUCAGAAUCAAGUGUUGUUACAACAUACUAUUUUGGUUGGACCACGGGCACCGUGUCAAUAUUUCUUGCCUGCCUAGGCCUAACGGUUCUUCCAGUAAAUAUCGUUGUUGGCAGUUACAUAAGCAACAUGUUCGAGGACAGGCAAAUAUUAAUGGCAUCUGAAAUUGUGGUCUUCCUGGGUAUACUAUUCAGCUUCAACUUUAUUGUCCCAUAUUCUGUCCCACAAUAUGUCGUAGCAGGCCUCGUCAUGUUUGUAUCCGCUGAAGUGUUGGAAGGAGUCAAUUUGUCUCUCCUAUCCAGAGUAAUGUCGUCGAGACUCUCCCGUGGAACGUACAAUGGUGGCCUUCUGUCGACUGAAGCUGGGACAUUUGCACGAGUUGUUGCUGAUGCAACGAUCACCCUUUCCGGGUUCGUAGGGCAGAGUAAGAUCCUAAACAUCACCCUACUCCCUUCCCUCUUGAUUUGCAUCGCCUCCAUUGUUGCUACCUGCUGCACAUACAACAGUCUGUACUAAUGCAGCAUUUUUUGUUAGAAAAUGAUUAUCUAGUUAGUCAAAUUCCUCCUAGUAGGUAUAGGCUUAUAGCAAAAUGGUGCGCCAUAGAUGAUAGCUGAUUACAUGUGAUUUUUUUUAUUUAUAGUAUUUGAUAAUGUGUUUAGUAUCGUUGUAUUUGUCUAGAAAGUCUCUUUAAAUUGGGAUUUUUAGUUUCUAUUUCAAUUGUAAUACGUAUCCUUCUAAGUCUUGGAAUGUAAUUGGGACCAUUCAUAA